AUGAGCAUGUCUACUUUCGUCUGCGCCGCCGCCGUCCUGCUGCUUGCACUGGUCUCACCAUCGCCGGCAUCAGCCAGCAUCCCCAGCACUAGCAACAAUGGCGUCGCCGUAGCGGCCCCUAGCGUGCCCACGGCGACGCAGUUCCUGCAGGCGCACAACGACGCGCGCCGCGAUGUCGGCGUGGCACCCCUGACGUGGAACUCGACGCUGGAGCAGGACGCCCAGCGGUACGCGGACCGGCUCAGCAUCGGCUGCAAGCUGGAGCCACUAGACAUCGAGCUGAUCUACCUGCAGAACACCUACAACGGCAGCGGUUACCAAGAUGGCGCCGCCGUCACCGCCUCGUGGGUGAACGGGCGGCGGUGGUACGACUACCGCUCUAACGCAUGCGCGCCCGGCCACGAGUGCGGGGCCUACAAGCUGGUGGUGUGCAGCAGCGCGCAAGAGCUGGGCUGCGCCCGCCGCACCUGCCGGAGCAGCCCGGACACCGUGGCUGUCUGCAGCUACUUCCCUGACUGCGACUACAACGACCGGCCAUACUGA